GGACUACAACUCCCAAGGUCCCUUGCAGCGGCCAAGGACUACUAAUCCCAGCGAGCUCCGCGCCUGCGUUGGGCGGAGCGGCAACAUGGCGGCGCCCGGAGCUGGUGACCCUCUGGAUGCGAAGCAUGGGAAGGCUCCAUUAGCUCAGCGUAUCGACCCUGCUCGCGAGAAACUGACUCCCGCGCAGCUGCACCUCAUGCAACAGGCACAGCUCGCCCAGUGGCAGAAGACGCUGCCACAGCGGCGGGCCCGGAACAUCGUAACCGGCCUGGGCAUCGGGGCGCUGGUGUUGGGCAUUUAUGGCUACACCAUCUACUCGAUAUCUCAGGAGCGCUUCCUCGAUGAGCUGGAAGACGAGGCCAAGGCAGCCCGAGCCCGCGCUCUGGAAAGAGCAUCAGUGCCCUGAACCUGGGCAUUGCCUGUCUCCAGCCUGCCGGAGCCACGCGCAGCCUUUGGCGUGGCGGAUGCUGCCCGACACCCUGUGGAAACCGAGGCCGCCUUAUAGCAUCCCUGGCUUAAUAACUUUGGACCAUGACUGGGCCCAAGAAACAAGAGGCUGAAUUUGGCCACUGUUGGUGUGACAUUGGUCGUUCCCCAUGCACUGUGCCUAGGGAUUGAGCCCGUUUGUUUCCUUGUUUGAGACGUAUGCGACCUUGGCUUCCCCCGAACUUCCCGACUUUGUAGUUUUUCCCCCUUCACCUUCCAGGGCCCCAGUUGAGGUGGGGCUGGGGUGGCAGCUCUGUGCAGUGCUGGAGCCUAAAACGGGAAAGGUAGUCAGUUAAGAACAAUAAACUUGAGUCAUCUCCCCUGGA